GUUAGUACACGUGUACCUCUUACCGACUUUCACAAAAUGAAAUAAUAAGGGGGCGGCAUGACGCACGGAAAUGCGCAAAUUGCUGAGCAGAAGUCAUCGUCAAUGGACCGGGGCUAAAGCGCCAUGGCGAAUCAAACGGCCAAUUACUAUGGGGACGUUUAUCAAUGGAAUCACACGGUGUCGACGAUCGACCGGGACACACAGUCGGAAUACUACCUACCGAAUUGGACGGAUCUCGUUUUGGCGGGGCUGUUCACCAUGUUGAUCAUCGUCACUAUAGUGGGCAACACUCUAGUAAUUGCAGCUGUGAUAACAACUAGGCGUCUACGAUCCGUUACUAAUUGUUUCGUGUCCAGUUUGGCCGCUGCGGAUUUGCUAGUUGGCUUAGCUGUGAUGCCACCAGCGGUAUUGUUACAGCUCACAGGUGGUACCUGGGAGUUGGGCGAGGUGCUCUGCGACUCGUGGGUCUCUCUCGAUGUUCUUCUCUGUACUGCCAGCAUCCUAUCGUUAUGCGCUAUAUCCAUAGACAGGUAUCUAGCCGUCACUCAACCGCUGAUAUACAGCCGACGACGACGAAGCAAAAGACUAGCUGGAUUGAUGAUUGUCGCGGUGUGGGUGUUAGCUGGCGCUAUCACCAGUCCCCCCUUGCUCGGAUGCUUCCCACGUGCAACGAAUCGUGACACUAAAAAAUGCUCGUACAACAUGGACUCUUCAUACGUGAUAUUUUCCGCGAUGGGUUCGUUUUUCCUACCAAUGUUGGUAAUGCUUUACGUAUAUGGCAGAAUAUCCUGCGUGAUUGCCAGCAGACACAGAAACCUCGAAGCCACCGAGAGCGAAAACAUUCGACCUCGGCGCAAUAUUUUGAUCGAACGUGCGAAAAGCAUCAGAGUGCGGAAAACAGAAUGCGUGACCAGCAGUGUGAUAUGCGACAGGGCUUCCGACGAUGCGGAGCCUCCUAGCACCAGUAAAAAGUCCGGGAUUGUCCGCAGUCAUCAGCAAAGUUGCAUCAACAGAGUUGCGCGAGAGACAAAAACCGCUGCCACUUUAGCAGUGGUCGUAGGUGGAUUUGUCGCCUGCUGGUUGCCAUUCUUCAUCCUCUACUUGGUCACCCCUUUCGUGCCUGUGGAACCACCAGAUAUUCUCAUGCCUGCGCUAACCUGGCUAGGGUGGAUUAAUUCGGCUAUAAAUCCAUUCAUCUAUGCCUUCUACUCGGCCGACUUUCGGCUUGCGUUCUGGCGAUUGACUUGCCGAAAAUGCUUCAAAACUAGAACCAAUUUGGAUCGCAGCAAUCGGAAAUUACCAGCCCCGGCUAAUUGGAAGAAAGAUAACAUCGAGGACGUAAAGAUCGGCGAAUGAACGUUAAACAGAACAGCCUUCGUGAUCGUAACGAGGAUCACUGUGAUUUAUUUAAUGGCGCUAUCGACAUCGAUCACAUUCACCUAAUUUAUACGAAACGUGCAAUCACGCGAACAUCAUCGAAUUUUUCUCAUGAUUUGAUGACAAUUAAAUAAUAUAUAUAACAUGCGAAUAUUCUUAUUAUUCGGGAGAUGUUACUUGAAAUGACGCUAUUUGUAUAUAUACACUCCAGCUCAAUAGUCUUAAGACACUUUGUGGUUUUCAUAUUUAUCGAAAGAAAACGCAGUAUUUGCCGUAGAUAAUGAAAUUUUUUUCAAUUGCACAUGUAUUUUACAAUGUAAUUCCUUUGCCGUAUAAAUUAAUUUUCUAAUUUUGAAACAAGUGAAAUAAUUGUCCUAAGGCUUUUGAACGAGGAAUGUACAUAUAUUAUUGAGUACAAUGCCAUAUAUUUACAGUUAUUAAUCCAAGAAAUUUUGAUAUAUAACACACAGAAGCUUUAAUAAAUGUAGAGCUAGAUCAAGAAGAGAACUAUUUUUAAUUUCAAUUUUGUCUCUAUAAUGUAACGCGGAAAAACGGAAAUAUUGCUAUUUUAAUAUCGAAGUCACGAGUCAUCCGAAUAAUACAUUUAUUCGCACAUUUCCAUUGCAUUGUAAUCGAACAAUUGUGCAUACCAUACGCACAUACGACUGCAUAAUUCAUGUACAUCGCUCGGCUAACAAAGCGAACGAAAAUAAAAGAAAACAAUGAUAUUUAUUUGCCUAAAUAACGACAACAGUGGGAAUCUGUUUGAUCGAAACGAACAUAAAACGCGUACACAAAUAUAAUUCGGAUCCCAUUUCGUAGAAGCCCACCAACAAUAAUAAUCGAUCGUAGGAAAUAGUCUUCCUUUUGUCAUUACGGUAUCUUGCCUGUAUUUAUCGACGCAUAGAUAUCUGUAAAUGUAGAAAGUAUGCAAGUAUACGGAUUUUAUAACGUCC